AUGGACCAUAAUAUCGGAGACAGCCCCCCAAGCCUCCUAAAUUACAUCCUCAGCUUCCUCCUCGUGGGCGUCGCAUGGGGCUUCACGACCCCCUUCAUCCGCCGCGCAGCCGUCGAUUUCAACGCUCGGAAUCAGCGCAGAGCAUCACCACAGCAAGGAGGAACAGAGGAUGUUUCCGGCUCCAGCUGUUCCUGGCUGAAGAGGAGUCUCUUACCGUUGCUUCAGACCGUGGUGGAUCUUCUGCGGACGCCCGGCUACUCCGUCCCGUUGCUGUUGAACGUAACGGGGAGCGUGUGGUUUUUUCUGCUGGUUGGGAAACACGAACUCAGUCUCACCGUCCCAAUCACAAACUCAAUCGCAUUCCUCUUCACCGUCCUGGGAGAGUGGUACGUCGAGGGCAAAGUGAUAUCAAAAUCAACUUGGCUUGGUAUGUUCAUGGUGCUGGGUGGAAUUGCCCUGUGCGUCCACUCCAAGACUCGGUGA